UUCAAGAUGAGCCAAUUAAAAGGAGCAUCAAAAUAAUGAUAGAAUCCAUUGAAAAUAUUGUAAGUUUUCCAUUCGCAUGCUACAAUUCAAUGCUACAUCGUAAUCAUGAGAAAAUUCGCUUUUAUGAGACAGACGGUGAAAGAAGAAACUGGCGUAUCGUUCGUCGUGAUGCAUAAUGACGUAGUGCUCGGAGAAAGUAUUCCUCUCAUUAUCGAUCCGGGUUUCAAGGAACCGCCGCAAAUUUACGACGUCAAUUUCGCGGUCGAAUUUUCAUUUAUAGUUAACGACCGUAAUAGCACGGAUCCAAUCGUAUCAACGCCGAUUUUAAUCAAGGUAACGUGCGAUGCUCAAGAUCAACGUAUGCCCGAUUCCGCCGAAUCAGCCGCGGAGUCGAAGAAUAAAGUAACAGCGGUCGCUCCGCAGCAGACAUCGACUUCAUCAAGCGUGAUUGGUUUUUGCACUCUCGAUCUAAUGCCGAUAUUGCUAGGUGAAAAAUCGCUCGCCGAAAGAUUGAUAGUGCAAACGCCACAUCUCUCGUUUGACGGCAAUGCGGUCUCGUGGCAAAAUCUUCCUUGGUUAAACGCGACAGUAACAUACGACGGCGACGAGAUAUUUCCUUCGCAAGCAGAAAUUAAUUUCCUGAGUGUUACGGUGGAAAGUAUCUAUAAUCCACCGAGCUUCUUCGCCGAAGACGCGGACUAUAAAGCGGGCACGAUAAUAUAUGUUGACGACAAGAUACCGGAAAAUUUAAUAUUCGAGGACGGUAAAUGGACAAAAUAUCGCGAUUUAGAGAGAACCAAACGAUGGCGAAGCCUAUCGAAAUUACAAAGUCGCGCCAGAUUGUCAAAAUGGAAACUCGGCCACGAUUAUGCAUGUGUGAAAAAUACGCUCGAUGCAAAAUUCGACGUACAGAAGAAAGUGUGCCAGGACGAGCCUAAGAUCGAGUGGAACUUUAUGAAUCGCAGCAUGUUGCGCAAUGUGGGAAGCGAGGCGAUGAGGAAGCAUCUUGUCAAGUAUAAAUAUUGGCCGUUUCAAUUUAUGGUGCACGCGGAAGAAAGCAGCGUUAAACAACAGGAAAGAGAAUCGGCCAAAUGUCAGCUUUAUCAGUGUUACAUUGACUUAUCAGAGCUUGUUUUCCCGGGGAUAAAAAGCACUCGUGUAGUUGCGCAAUUGUACACGCAUGACGCGUUAAGCAUGGCCGAGAAGACUAGCUUGGAAAAGGAUAUCUUCUCUAUGGAACCUUGGAGUGAAGAUUUAAAAGGACGAGAAUCGGAAAAGUCAAUUCAGUCGAACAUUGAAACAACGCAAAGUACUCCGUUAACUUCGGAGACUGGCGAACCCGUGUUUGUCAUAGUCGAGGUCGAACUUUUUCGUCCGCUCAUUCCUUGUAGACUCGAAACCGAUCUCUCAGACAUAAUCGAAGAGAUGAUGAAGCCAAAAGCAGUUAAACCGCAUUACGUUUACUCCGACGAAGUAGCGGAGCAACAAUAUGCAGCUUGCAUUCAGAAACUAGUAGAAACUAUUACGGAGAGUUACAGGGAUUUCCGUGAGAAAAAGAAGCGAGAGAAGUUGUCUGCUUCGAAAGAACGAGAAAAUGAUUUUGAAAAGCCGAAGGAAACAAAGUAUUGCUUCGCUCCUGAAGAGGUGAGAUUAAAACAGCGAGACACGAGAAAUUAUUACAUUGCACGUUCGUAUACUUGUCACGACAGUUUUCAGGACGAGCUAGCUUGUUUCACGCAAUAUCUGUACAAAACUGGCACGUAUUUAAACGUACGCAGCACUCUGAAGAUAAAAGUGAUUACGUUGCUAGAUCAAAAAUUCAAGACCAGCAUGAACACCGUACAUUCUAUUGACAGCCAGAACUUUGUGGCAUCUGUUUACACGUAUCUCGUCGAACAAAUGCACCUGGCCAUCAACAAAAUUGUCGAAAGCCGUCUCGCGGAUGACGAUUCGUGGACUGCGAUGCCUAAAAAAUUAUAUUUCUACGCCGAAGAGGCUUACGAGUUAGGUCACGUAGACGAUGCAAGACGGCAUUAUCAGGCUGCAAUUGCAGCAGAUAAAAGUGACCCCGAAGCGUGGACUAAAUACGCGAUCUUCCUCGUGAAAAUCGGCGACGUGGAGCGCGCAAAGGAAUGCUGCCGCGAGGCGAUUCUUUCGAACAGACGAGAUAAAAUUGCUUUACUGGCGUACGGAUUGAUUCUCGCCGAAGAUCGAAGCUUUCGAGAAGCGGAGGUCUUUCUGAGAGCCGUUACUGAUUUCUACCCGCGAUUUAUUGAAGGAUGGGUUAUUUUGCACCUGUUUUACACUCGCACAAAUUACAGCCCAGGGAUAGAUCUCACUUUAAGAAUAGCGGAAAAAUGCAUGAAGGACGGCGACGAAGAGACGGAGAUCUCGAGUGAAGACCCUCUCGCUUGGACAAUGAUUCACUGUCCACGGGAUAACGUGCUUAUGAUAACGGCCACGCUGCUACUAAAACUGCAUUUCUACGACUUUGCCGAUUUAGCGUUGGUGAAAGAAAUGUCUCGCGCAGGCAGAUCCACUCACGUUCUAUAUUAUCUGGCCGUGCGACGUUACUUAUCGCAGCAAUACGAAGAAACUUUAUUGCAUCUAAGAGAAGCCGAAUGUAUUUAUGGAUUGGAUUACUCGAUAAGCAGUUUAAUGGGGCACUGUCAUUUUCAAGAGGGUAAUUUCGCGGAGGCCAUUCAUUGCUACGAGUUCGCCAAUGCAAUGUUCAACAGACCGGACGAUUUGCAUCUCGUGCAGACGAGAAUGGGACUGUAUUACGAAAAUGCCGGUGAUUACGAGCGAGGAUUAAAAAUUUUCCUCAGCGUGUGCAAAACCUCGCCGACGGCGGAAACGUGGCUCGGUGCAGGAAUCGCUUUUUUCGAGCUGCGGCGAUUUACGGAAGCCGAGGCGGCUUUAUCGGAGGCAAAUCAAAUCGACAAUCGUAACGCGACUGUCUGGAAAUAUCUAUGCCUGUUAAACAUGUCUUUAGAGCGUCACGACGAGUUCGCUCAGUGUUACGGACAAAUCGCCCAGUGCACUCUCGUUACACUCUGUCUGGUUGAAAUAGCGAUGUUUACGACGAUUAGCUGCGAUGAGUCAGGCAACGCAGUGCGUCACUCGGCUUUGAAAAAAGAUGAUGUUCCACGAGUCAAAAUAAAGGUGUUUCGCGGUCCAACGCAAGAAGGGGACGGCGAAUUUUUCGCUACUUGGGGAUAUUGGAUUCAACAGCCCAGCAGAUAAUAUCGAUAUGGCUAUGUUUUUCUUGUUACUUGCUUUCUAUCGCACAAUGUUUAUAUGUAGCAUCGAAAUAAUUAUUUCUUCUUCGAUGUGUGUUAUAAAUAAUGUAUAUCGAAAUAUUAAAAUUGCAAGACAUCUAAUUGUUGUCACGAUGCAUUAAAAGAAAAGGACUUCCGUUUAUUAACUACAUCACAGCGCAAAUAUAAUUAAUAUUUCCGUCAAACUGGACAGUCUUUCGUCUUCUUGUCAAGUUGAAUAGGAAUAUUGAAGGGGAACAUAUUAGAAUAGACAUAGAAAUAGUAAAAAAUAUAUAAAACAUUUCACAAUAUUAAGAUGUCAUGUCAUAUUUAUUGUUCGGGCAUGUAUAAUU